CCGUGUGUGCGAGAGAGCGGCAGCCGGAAGCACAGACGACACCGUGCCUGUGUCGGAAACGGCGGCGGUGUGCCAGGAAAGCACCGUGAGAGCGAGUACGGGGGAAGGCACUGUACGAGAGCCUGGAGGUACGCGUGACGUCCUGUACAGGCCCGGGUGGCAGGGACGGCACCUCCCGCACCGUUUGACAGGCCGACGAUGGUGAGCGCGGCGGACCGAGUGACCAAAACGACGCGCGAGCCUGUGCGGGCGCGCGGGUGGGGCGGGCAGGGUCGGGGACUGGGCGCGGGCGACGAGCUUCCCUGUACGGAAGCACCAGGACUGUGGCGGGAGGGGACGGUGUGUGCAACUUCAUGCAAGGCUGUCGUGGCCGCUGAAGUCCUGCAAGCCUGGUGAAAAAGAGUGGACCGCGUGAGGGAAAAUGGCUGUGAGGCGCGAGCUCUAAGAACGCGAGAGCAAGCUGAGGACACCGUUCCUGUGAGACUGGCGAAGGCUGUGAGAGAAACGGGCUCCGACUGGGGGAGUCUGAGACUGCAAGCGUGCACGUGUGAGUGUGUGUACCCGAGAUGAGCGGCAGACUGAUGACGGUCACUACUCCCGUCUGGCCCGGAGGCUCAGGGACUGGGACAGCGUGAGGGAAAAGGGCGGUGAGGCCAAGCGACUGACACAGCCCGCGAGAGGAACAUGGCGCCACGCGGCGAAACGGGCGGUGCGCGAGCGGGUGCGCGGGUGCGCGUGUGCGCGGGUGCGGAGCAGCUCCCGCGGGACUGCAGUUGGAGGCUCUGUGUGUGUGAAGAGGGGAAGCCGGGCCGUGGGAUCGGGGGCAUCGCUGCGUGGGAGAAGCGGCCGGGGCCAUCGUCCUGCCCGAGUGUCCCUGCUAAGCGAACGGUGGCGGAAAGGACCAAGGCGGCCGGGGGAGACCGUGUGCGCACCGCGUCACCACGUCGAGAGCCUCAGAGCCGGUGGGGAUUAGUGACCACAGAUGGCAGAGGCGGACCGAGGACAAGUGACCGCAACGGUCCGUGGGCGACUGGGCCGGCGGCUGGGAAACGGAUUGGGCGGGGUUUGUGUCCACGUCUCUGCAAGACACAAGGAAAGGCCGUGCACGGAGCCUGGGCACGCCGCACGCCGCUUGAGAUGGGACACGAGGAAAAAGGAUGAAGCAAUUAUCUCAAUGCCUGCUCCACUCAAUGAAGAGGGACACACGGAGCUCGUUUCACCCUCGUUCAGCAUCCGCAUGAGAUUGACCCAUCGUUGUGGGCGGCAGGACUGCAGGGGUGCAGUGCUCAACAUGCGUGCCCCAGGGCAGACUCCUCAGUUGCUGCUGCUGCUGUUUACCCUGCUGCCGGCCACAGGCUCAGUCCCCGUACUCUGCUUCACCCAGUAUGAGGAAUCCUCCGGCAAAUGCAAGGGCCUCCUGGGAGGAGGUGUCAGUGUGGAAGACUGCUGUCUCAACCCUGCCUAUGGCUUUCAGAAGCCUGGCAGCAAGCUUUGUCACGCAUGCAGGUCCCCACGGUGGUCCCUGUGGUCUGCGUGGGCCCCCUGCUCAGUGACCUGCUCCGAGGGAUCCCAGUUGCGGCACCGGCGCUGCAUAGGCCAUGAUGGGCAGUGUGCCGAGAAGGUGGAGACUGGGACCCUUGAAUGGCAGCUGCAGGCCUGUGAGGACCAGCAGUGCUGUCCUGAGAUGGGUGGCUGGUCCAACUGGGAGCACUGGACGCCUUGCUCUGUCACCUGUUCCAAAGGGACCCGUACCCGUCAGCGAACAUGUAAUCGACCCACCCCCAAGUGUGGGGGCCACUGCCCAGGAGAGCCACGGGAGUCCGAGGCCUGUGACACCCAGCAGGUCUGCCCCAUACACGGGGCCUGGGCCACUUGGGGUCCCUGGGGCUCCUGCUCGGGGUCCUGCCACGGUGGACCCAGUGCACCUACCCAGAGACGAAGCCGCAAGUGUUCUGCACCUGAGCCUUCCAAGGAACCUCCUGGGAAGCCGUGCCCGGGGCUGGACCACGAAACCCGGCCCUGCUCCGGCCUGCCACCUUGCCCAGUGGCUGGGGGUUGGGGGGCAUGGGGUCCUGUGACCCCCUGCCCUGUGACCUGUGGCCUGGGCCAGACCCUGGAAAGACGGAAGUGCGAUCACCCUGUGCCCCAGCAUGGGGGUCCCCCCUGUGCUGGCGAGGCCACCCGGACCCACAUCUGCAACACGGCUGUGCCCUGCCCUGUGGAUGGAGAGUGGGGGUCCUGGGACGAGUGGAGCCCCUGCAUCCGUAGGAACAUAAACAGUAUCAACUGUAAGGAGAUCCCGGGCCAGCAGACACGCUCAAGGAGCUGCAAGGGCCGCAAGUUUGAUGGACGGCGGUGCCUCGGGGAGCAACAAGAUAUCCGUCACUGCUAUAACAUCCAGCGCUGUGGCUGGAAAGGCUCAUGGUCCGAGUGGAGUUCCUGGGGGCUGUGCAUGCCCCCUUGUGGCCCCAACCCCGUCCGCAUCCGCCAGCGCCUCUGCACGGCCCAGCUCCCCAACUUCUCGCCCACCAUUACCGUGGUCGAAGGUCAGGGUGAGAAGAACGUGACCUUCUGGGGGACACCGUCACCACGGUGCGAGGCGCUGCAGGGGCAGAAGCUGGUGGUGGAGGAGAAACUGCCAUGUCUACAUGUGCCUGUCUGCCAAGACCCUGAGGAUGAGAAGCACUAACACCUCCCUCUCCCACUCCGACCCCCUGCACCCCCCAGACCUCAAUAAAUGGGCCUCUUCCCCAGGA